UAAAUACCCGCACAAACUAUUAAAGAAAACAGUGUAGGAUUGAUUUGUCUUCCGACUCACUUGCAGUCUCGUCUUUAUUUUCACUUUCUUUACGGUUUGAAAGCAGCUGGCUGAACUUUGUCAUCGUCAAUUUGUUGUCUAACUACUAUUUUUCAACGUUUAGGAGGAAAUAAAUGGAAAAGGGGAUGGAUUCAUCAUCGGCAAAAUUUCACUCUAUCGCAUUGGUCAUCGCCGCCAUCGUCGUCGCAAUCGGCGUGAUCGUCGGCGCCGCCAUCGUAGCCCGUGGCGACUAUGGGAGAGACCAUUCCCAGUGCUUGACUGCCGGGGAAGGGGAGCCGUGAAAGCUAUGGAGAGUAGUAUGGUCAUGAACGUAAUGAUGGUGGAAGGUGGUAGGGAGAUCGGCAUGCAGAUGGCACGAUACGAAUACGAGGAAAACACGAUCCUGAUCGAAACGGCAAACAGCAGUGGUGGCAUCCGUGCGGCUAACGUUGCCAUUGACUAUGACAGGUCCGUAGUCUUCAUCGAGAUACAAGGGGAGUCACUGUGCUUGGCCUCGGCACUGUAUGGAGACAUGAUGGACAUGGCGGACAGGAUGACCGACUUCAUGAUGGACAGAAAGCAACAGACGAUCGAUAUAGCAACCGCACGUACCAAGACCAUAAGGUACGCGCGAAAAGGCGCCAUCCCGGCCGGUUACGUCACCACCUCCAACGGACCAAUCAUACGCGGUCUCUGCGCAGGAGACGAAUCUCAAUGGACUGAGCAGACCACAAUGGACGGUGGUCGGAAGCGGCGGUCGGUUUCGGGCGACAUCCGAAUUUGCAUAUUCGGGUUUUGUUUCAAUAUUUCAUUUUAAUGAAAAUAGCUGCAACUGAGUGGUUUAAGUGAUUUCUCUUGAUUUUAAUUAACAUGAGUAUUUAAAAAAAAAAAAAAA